CUGCUCAGCAAAAAUGGCUUGGAGUGGUCGUGGGGUCUCGAACACAAGAAGUUGAACGAACAUCUGCAGCUUUUUGCGGCCGCGGAAGAUAUGGAGCUUUUAACAGACGAACGGGUUUAUGUGUCCCCUCAUACCACUGACAUACGUCGCAUCUAUUUUGGGAAGAGACCUUUGCGUACGCUCGAUUUUCCAAACAUAACCACCCUCUACGCCGGCGCGCAAAAGUUUCGCUAUUUUGUGAUCCCUUUCGACCCAUCCAGUUCUAUCUUACCCCGCCGUGUCGAACUGAAGACUCCUCCUCACAUCGUCCUUAUUCGGUCCACUGCCAAGCUUAUGCGGGCUUAUCAUGGCGCGCCAAUGCUACACGACCCCAUUGGCAGCGCGUUGGCGGAUAGAAUUCGCGAAGCAACAGAGCACGAUCGUUUUCCUCUUGGGGCAGGGACCUUGCAGUUCAUGCGUAGCUUGUACUGGAGGUUUACGCACAUGAACCAUGUCCAUCCCUCAUUCCGAUCCAACCAUUCCGACGACGAGCGGGUGGUUGAAGCAACUCCCGCUCCUGCCUUUGCUCUGAUACGCCCUACUAGUAAACCACUGCCAAUUCUCGGUGGUAAGAUUACCUUUGGGCCCGAACCGCAACGACGGGUCACGGCGAGCGAACUUGGACAGGACUUCAACGAACCCGUCGAUACAAUAGAGGCAGAAGAGGAUUCCGGUUCUGAGGCUGAGGACAACUCCAGUCCGACUUGGGCGAGGGAUGUGGAGAAAUGGGCCCAAACCACCGAACAGGCAGCUGAGCGCGACGAGAAGAUGCUCAUCAACGACAUCAACUCCGACUGGCAAGAAGGAACGAGGACAGUCACGAGUGUGGACUUGGCCAUGCCGGACUACCUCACACGUUCAAGCACUCAACUCCAUUCCACUAGUGCUUGA